CAGAUAAACAACUGAAGGCAGACUUUGACCUCAGCCUGUUAAAAUCCAGAUGGACUAACCCUUAGCUGAUCACUGACCCAUCUACCAGAGCAACCCAAGCAGGUCCUCAGAGUUGAAACAUGAGCACCUUUGUGACUCUCUCAUCAGGGCAGAGGAUGCCUGUGGUCGGACUCGGCACAUGGAAGAGCGCUCCAGGACAGGUGAAGCAGGCGGUGCUGGCAGCUUUAGACUGUGGGUACAGACACAUUGACUGUGCUGCUGCAUACAGCAAUGAGCAGGAGGUGGGAGAGGCUCUGGCUGUCCGGGUCGGUCCUGGGAAGGCUCUUCGUCGUGAGGAGGUGUUUGUAACAUCCAAACUGUGGAACACCAAACAUGACCCAGAGGAUGUUGAGGAAGCAUGCAGGACCAGUCUGGCUCACCUGGGUCUCUCCUAUCUGGACCUGUACCUCAUGCACUGGCCCAUGGCAUUUCAGCGGGGGAAGGAGCUGAUGCCUCGACGGGAAGAUGGAAGUAUUUGUUACUCUGACACACACUACAGAGAUACUUGGGCAGCCAUGGAGAGCCUAGUGGACAAAGGUCUGGUCAAAGCUAUAGGACUGUCCAACUUCAACGCCAGGCAGACUGACGACAUCAUCAGCAUAGCCAGACACACACCUGUGGUGAACCAGGUGGAAUGCCAUCCUUAUUUGUCUCAAGCAGAUCUCCUGUCUCACUGUCGGUCAGUGGCCGUUUGUGUGACAGCCUACAGUCCUCUGGGCAGCGGGGACAGACCCUGGGCCUCUCCUGAUGAGCCGAGUCUGCUACAGGAUCCUAGACUGGCAGCUAUCGCCCAGAGAUACCAGAAAACACCUGCCCAGGUCAUACUCAGGUGGCAUGUGCAGAGGGGUGUCGUGUGUAUCCCUAAAAGUGUGACACCCUCCAGGAUCCAGCAGAACCUGCAGGUGUUUGACUUUUCCCUGUCAGAAGAUGACAUGAAGCUGAUUGAAUCUUUCAACCGCAACGAGCGCUUCAUCGUACCGGCCGUCAAGAGGGAUGGGAAGAGUGUGUGGAGAGAUGCAGAACAUCCCCAUUUCCCCUUCCACGAUCCUUACUGAGUCUACACACAAGGAAUUCAACAUUGUGUAUUUAAAGAUAAUUAUCACAUACGCUGAAACCAAAUUUCUUAACUGAAACAUGAUCCAAAAUUUACAGAUUACAAAUUUUCCUUUUUGGGUUCUAUAGAUUUAAUUUAAUAAUAUUGUUUAAUUAAUAUAGUGACUACAAUUGUUAAGAAAAUUGCUUAAAAAUGGUUUCUCUUUACUGAGAUUGCAGUGAAGAAAACAAAGAUUGUUCCAUUGCUUUCACUUUUCUUUCACUGCCAGGGUGACACUAUGUGGUCAGUAACAGAACUGCCUCUCUGCCCAAUGUCAGUAGCUUUGGUCACAUGACGCCAGCAUGUCUUACAGAGUGAGACACUCUUUCAAGGGUAAAUCAUCAAUGAAUCACUGCAGCAGCACUGCUCUGCCCUGCCCUUUUCAGAGUACAGAAAAUAAAAUGCACAACAAAACAGAA